AUGGCCGCCCAAGAGGAGAAGAGAGAGAGCUUGUGGAGCCAAAUGGCUCUCGAAGUCCAGAAUGGCACCCAAGCCAUUCGCUUCGCUGAGGGCCGCAGCUUCGGUGCUCAUCGCAGCGUCGCCGGCGAGCUGGUCUUCCAGACUGGUAUGGUCGGCUACCCAGAAUCUAUCACUGACCCUUCAUACCGAGGCCAGAUCCUCGUCAUCACAUUUCCACUUGUCGGCAACUACGGUGUGCCUUCGCGGGAAGACAGAGAUGCCAUCCUGCAAGAUCUGCCCGCUCACUUCGAGGCCAAGGAGAUUCACAUCGCAGGUCUGGUCGUGGCCUCGUACGCUGGAGAAGGAGAGGACUACUCCCACCACCUUGCCACCUCUUCACUCGGAGACUGGCUGAAAGAGCAGAAUGUGCCCGCCAUUUGCGGUGUCGAUACACGAGCCCUGACCAAGAAGAUCAGAGAGCAGGGAAGCAUGCUGGGCCGACUGCUCAUGCAGACGGGCACCAAGACAUUGACGAAUGGCGCAGUAUCCGCCAGCGGCUUUGCAACACCCAGUGGCACUACAGCACCAUCCACACCAGGUCUGUCGAACCUCCACGCUGUUAACGACGCGUUGGUGCCAAAUGGCCAGAACGGCGCCAAUGGCGCCAAUGGAUACUUUGGCAGAUCCCAAGAGGUGGCAGUCUACGAAGAGAUCGACUUUUACAACCCAAACACCAGAAACUUGGUGGCCGACGUAUCAACAUCACAACCAAAGAUCUAUUCUCCAAGUGCGUCCAAUGCGUUGCGUCAUCCGUCAGGUCGUCCCGUGCGUGUUCUCGUCGUCGAUGUUGGUCUCAAGUACAACCAGCUGCGCUGCUUGGUGACAAGAGGUGUUGAGGCGGAGGUUGUGCCAUGGGAUUACGACUUCCCUUCGCUGGCUGGAAAAGAGUACGACGGUCUCUUCAUCUCGAACGGUCCUGGUGACCCAGCGAUGAUGCAGAACACGGUCAAGAACAUUCAGAAGACAAUCGAGGAAGCGCGAGUGCCAAUCUUCGGUAUCUGCUUGGGACACCAACUUCUUGCCCGCGCAGCAGGUGCAGACACCCUGAAGAUGAAGUUCGGUAACCGCGGACACAACAUCCCAGCGACCAACUUGCUCUCUGGGAAGUGCUACAUCACAUCGCAGAACCACGGUUAUGCAGUCAACGCAGAGACUCUGCCUCAAGGCUGGAGCGAGCUUUUCGUCAACGCCAACGAUGGCAGCAACGAGGGUAUACGUGCACACAACCGACCAUACUUCAGUGUGCAGUUCCACCCAGAGAGUGCACCAGGUCCACGCGACACCGAGUUCCUGUUCGACGUGUUCAUCAACACAAUCACGGACGUCCUCAAGGACAGCAAGCACAUGCAGCAGCCUGUUGCAUUCCCAGGUGGAGAUGCCGCCGAAAACGCAGCCCUCAAGCCAAAGCUCAGCCCGAAGAAGGUGCUUGUGCUUGGAAGCGGUGGCCUCAGCAUUGGCCAGGCUGGAGAAUUCGACUACUCUGGAAGUCAAGCCAUCAAGGCACUCAAAGAGGAGGGCAUCUACACCAUUCUCAUCAACCCGAACAUUGCUACUAUCCAGACUUCGAAGGGACUUGCAGACAAGGUGUACUUCCUGCCCGUCAACGCCGACUUCGUGCGCAAGGUCAUCAAGCAAGAGCGACCAGAUGCCAUCUACUGCACGUUCGGUGGUCAGACUGCCCUCCAAGUCGGUAUCCAGUUGAAGGACGAGUUCGAAGGUCUCGGCGUCAAGGUUCUCGGUACGCCGAUCGAUACUAUCAUCACUACUGAGGACCGUGAGCUCUUCGCACGAAGCAUGGACUCGAUUGGUGCCCCAUGCGCCAACUCCAAGUCUGCAAACAAUAUGCAGGAAGCGCUUGACGCUGUCGAGGGUAUCGGCUACCCAGUUAUUGUCCGCGCUGCAUAUGCCCUUGGUGGUCUUGGCAGUGGUUUCGCCUCUAACAAGGAAGAGCUUGUCGAUCUCUGCCACAAGGCAUUCGCUGCCAGCCCACAGGUGCUUGUCGAGCGCAGUAUGAAAGGCUGGAAGGAGAUCGAAUACGAAGUCGUCCGUGAUGCACAAGACAACUGCAUCACAGUGUGCAACAUGGAGAACUUCGAUCCUCUCGGCAUUCAUACUGGUGACUCGAUUGUCGUUGCACCGUCGCAGACACUGUCAGAUGAGGACUACAACAUGCUGCGGACGACGGCAGUGCGCGUCAUUCGCCACUUGGGUGUGGUCGGCGAGUGCAACAUCCAGUAUGCACUCAACCCAGACAGCAGGGAGUACUGCAUCAUCGAAGUCAACGCACGUCUUUCCAGAUCCUCGGCGCUGGCGUCGAAGGCUACUGGUUACCCACUCGCAUUCAUUGCCGCCAAGCUGGGUCUGAACAUCCCACUUAACGAGAUCAAGAACACAGUCACCAAGAAGACAGUGGCCUGCUUCGAGCCAUCUCUCGACUACGUCGUUGUCAAGAUCCCACGCUGGGAUCUCAAGAAGUUCACCCGAGUCUCCACCCUCCUCGGCUCCUCCAUGAAAAGUGUCGGCGAAGUCAUGGCCAUCGGUCGCUCCUUCGAAGAAGCAAUCCAAAAAGCCAUCCGAUCCGUCGACCCAAGCAACGACGGCUUCAGCGAGCGUCCCGCCCUCAUGUCCAUCGACAUCGACACCGAGCUCCAAACCCCGUCCGACCAGCGCAUGUUCGCCCUCGCCAACGCUAUGCAUAGCGGCUACUCGGUCGAGAAAAUCUGGGAAUUGACCAAGAUCGACAAGUGGUUUCUCCGCAAGCUUAAGGGGCUCAGCAACUUUGCUAAGGAGAUGACGACGUAUGAUGUUGAUAGCAUUACGCCGGUGCUCUUCAGGCGUGCGAAGGAGCUGGGAUUCUCGGAUAAGCAGCUGGCGACUUUCUGGAGCAGUAAUGAGCCCCAUGUCAGACGUGCUAGGCUGGAGCACAAGAUUAUGCCCGUGGUGAAGCAGAUCGAUACCGUUGCGGCGGAGUUCCCGGCGUAUACUAACUACCUCUACACGACAUACAACGGCACAGAGCAUGAUGUUGACUUCAACGAUCGUGGUGUCAUGGUCCUCGGCUCUGGCGUCUACCGGAUCGGUUCGUCCGUUGAGUUCGACUGGUGUUCGGUACGCGCUGUUCGCACGCUUCGAGCCAAUGGGUACAAGACUGUCAUGGUGAACUACAAUCCCGAGACUGUGUCCACCGACUACGACGAGGCCGAUCGUCUUUACUUCGAGAAUAUCACUUUGGAAACCGGCAAGUAUAAGGUCUGA